AACCCUCAGUCUGGCGCCGCGUGCGAGCGCGAGUGGAUCUUGGCGCUCCCUCGCUCGAAAACGCUGUCAUCCUCUCGGUUCGACGUUGCUCGAAGCGAUGACUCACGACAUAACCGAUAUUUACUGUUCAAAUUCCGAUGACCCAACCUGAAACAGCCCCUCAAACGUUACCAAACUCUCUCAAACUCGAUUUCGAUUAUUGCCUAUAAUUUCUCUUGGAAAAGAAGAUGAACAUUUUCAGCGAGAAACCGUGGUCCCUGUUCCAAGAAACUCGAAAGUCUCUUAGAACAGUGCGGAAAUCGUGGCUGCACAGUGCAAAUCGUCGAUCGUCGGAUGAUCGAUCGUGACUCGGUGAAUCUAUCGCGAGAAACAUGCGACAGACAAACGUGGCAGUUAAUUUCGGAUCGGUAGAAGCCUAGUGGAACGUAGUGGUGCGAACACGUGACGGAAAUGACGGUAGCCGCGUUGCAAUCCCGGCUCCUGUCCGGAUGACGUGACUGGGCCGGGAUCUGUACAGCUCGUUGCCCUUGAUGGCCGUGAAUUCUCAUCUAAGAUGAGUAUCCUAUGCCACUGGUACGCGCUCGUCCUGCUCACGUGCACGCUUUGGACUGGGCUGGCCGGCUACGCUGACCAAGAGGCUCAGAUCGAGAGGCCCAAGGAACUGCUGCGGCACCAGCAGAACCAUCGGCCUUCCUUCAUCGAACGAAAGCUGGUCGACAAACUGGAGAUGCACGAAAGCGUGACGGAGCCUUCAAUGGAGCUAGAAGAUGAGGAGGACACGCUACUGGACGAGGAUGACAAUCAGCAGGAGCCUGAGGAUCGGUUGGUCUCCUUUAGAUCUAAAUUGGAAACUAACAUAGAAAGACCAGCCACCCAAAUCAGACACGGUAGAUCCAGAAGUCAUUUCGUGAGACAGGUGAAGCUAGAUGAUACCGAGUCCUCGUACGUGUUUAGUGGAUCCAGUAGAAGAGCUGAGCAGAUGGACAAUGAAUCUCAAAGUGAGGAUAUUUCGAUUUCAGACCGGUCUAGGAGCAAGAGUGAAAGCUCUAACACGAUCUCAGGCCAAGAUCUGAGAUCGUCGGGCACGAUCGACGAACGAUCUACAGCAGAAUUGGACAAGCUGCUCACCAGACUAUCGGAAGCUGGGUCUGACAAGAGAAAAGAAGGGAAAGUGCGCCAUAGAAACGAUUCUUUAUACAAGUGGAAGAAAACGUUGAGCAGAAACAAGUUUAAAAUCUUUAAAAUCUCUAACAGAACUGCCGGCAAUGGGACCGAAAGCUAUGGAAACAUCGUGCAUGGAAUAUCGUUUGGUGACAGGAAAGACCUGGACGACGAGGACAUCGUUCUAUCAGGCGAUAUUUACGACUAUGGCAUGAUCGGAGACAGGAACAAUUCGGAAAAUGAAGAUUACGAGGAGUAUGAGAAGAGCGGAGACCAAGGAAAGUCGAGCAAGGAACCUGUCCACGUGGACAUCGUCACGAGGUUCCUUCGUAUCAUCGAGAAUCAGCAUAUUCUCGGUGAGAACUGCACCGCUGGGACAGAUUUAAACCUGGGCGAGGGAAUCGUGGACCAAUAUGCUCAGGAAAGGUUCAAAUUAGAAGCUAAUCUCGCGGUGAACAGGGCCAAUAUGCUGACCAGACUGUGGAAAUACGCGCCAGACGUAAUGCUCUCCUCGGAGUACCUGUUACACGCCAGCGUCUUGUCGAUGGUCGAGUUUGACGAGGAUAUAUUCGCCGCUGGGAAUUGCUAUGACAAGCUGCAGUAUGGAGACCACUGGCUUUACUGUCCCUUUGCUCAUCGACUUCAGGACCAAGAUGGAAUUCUGGUGAAGGACCUGGCGAUCGAGUACAAGUAUCUGAGCAACAGCAGCGAGUGGUUUUACAUCGCCAGGAAGAACGCCGAGCGCGUGAUCGCGAAUAACGAUCAAUUCAGUCGCGGUUUCCACACGUAUACACUGAACGAAACGACGCAUACGGAACGCGAGGAAGACGAAAUCCUGACGGUGAAAUACGAGGAUGGUAGAUGGUCGAAACCCUACUACGAUUGCGGCGGUGGAAAUAUUUGGAUGUUGACCUACACUGUCCCCUUUUUCGGAUACAUCAACGACACCUACUUUUUCAAAGGGACAAGUGGAAUAGACAUUGAUCUACGCAGACUUGACAUAGAUCAGUGCCCUCUGCCACCAGGAUCCACUCAAUUGAACAUUUUUGCAGCCAGUGACAAAUGCAAGAAACGCACCACCGAGUGCAUCGCCAUCCCAGGACUUGGUUUCCGUCGUGGAAGCUACCGAUGCAUCUGCAAACGUGGCUUUUAUUACCCGGACACCAAGUCUAUCAACCGAUACUACAAUGGCACCGUGAUCGAGGAAGAGUACGAGAAAUUGAUGAUGGGUGAAGAGAAUCAGUACGACGUGGAUGGCGUGUUCGAGUGUCUUCCCUGUGCUGAGGGUUGCGAGUCCUGUGAGGACGAUUCACCGUGUGUGGUAUCCUUGAACUGGUUGAUGAGAACUGCUAUCCUCAUCCUGGAAUGCUGCGUCAUCGCCUGCCUGCCCGCUGUCGCCCUUUUCACUUGGAAGUAUGGCAAAGUGAAGGUGGUAAGAGCUGCAAGCCCUGUUCUUCUACGCGUUAUUGUACUAGGUGCAUUUUUCAUAUACUGCACGACGAUAGUAAUGUAUCCACGUCCGAACGUCAUAACCUGUACAGUGCGUGUGUGGUUAAGGGAGAUUGGGUUUUCUCUCACCUAUGGAGCUCUCAUGUUAAAGACUUGGCGAAUAUCGGUGAUAUUCCGAGUGAAAUCGGCAAAAGCGGUGAAGAUAACGGAUGGAAGUCUGCUGAAGCGGCUGGGCGUCAUCGUGAUGACAUUCAGCGUGUUCCUGAGCAUCCGCACGCUGGUUGCACCGCCUGUAGUUAUAGUGGCACGAACAGCGGACGACCUGAAGGCUUAUCUCUGCCGGACUGACUGGUGGGAUCACAGUUUCACCAUACUUGAGGUUAUAUUUCUUAUAUGGGGAAUCAGGCUGUGCAUCGUGGUGAGAAAAACACCAUCAGAGUUCAACGAGAGUCGGUUCAUCUCGAUGGCAAUUUACAACGAAUUUCUACUGUCAGUCUUCCUAAACGUAUCUAUGUUGUUCCUGCAGUCGCCAGCCAAUCCGGAUUUACUCUACGUAAUAUUUUUCUGUCACACCCAGUUAACGGUGACGCUGCUGCUGUGCUUGAUAUUCGGCAGCAAGGUCUACGUGGUGUUCCGUAGCGGAGGCAAGGAAGACUCGAAACACUCCGGGGCCACAGGUAAAUUUCUGGGGAAAAGCAGUCGCCCGACGGGCACUAGCAACCAGACAAACUCCAUAUCCCUUCAGCAUGGAAACUUCACAGACGAAAGCGACGGGGCGACGGAGGAAUUCCGUCGGUUCAUAAUUCAGUUAGAAGUUCUAAAGGAAAAAAACGUCCUACUUGGUAAUCACCACUUGGUGAACAAACUCGCAGCCAUGCAGGAAGCUGCGAAUCGCGUUGAAACACAGGUGUCGACCAUCCAGGUCAUCUCCUGCGGCAUGAGACUGAACGAUCUUAACGGAUCUACGACAAUUGCCGAAACGGAUGUUGGAGGGUCCUUUAAAAGUGACGUCGAUCAGAAAGGUGGAGAGGUUAGGGAGGAAAAGAAGUGUCAGGCCUGCGUGGAGAAAAAUGGGAUUAGAAGCAAGGACCAGGGUUCUUCCAAGGAGGCUGAAAUCCUAGCUUCUCUGGAGACGAAGAAAUCAACGACGACCAACGAUGUGGCGGUCUCCACUUCCGGUAAACCGGCUACAGAGGACAUUGGAACGGAAACGAAGCACGAGGACAAAGAAAGUGAGGUUAGGGAGCGCGACAAGAGUAAGAGCAAAUCCGGCCACGCGAGGACGCACGCUAUAGUCAUCAAUCUGGACGAUAAAAGCAGAUUCUCUGAAGAAGUCACCGUGUAAAAAUGCAACUAAAUUUGGCUCUGUGAAAACUGAAUUAAAGUUUCGAAUCAAAGUCUUCUAGUUAUUCUAGAAUUCACUGUGAAACGUGAAACUAACUAAUCGAGUGACUAGAGACACAUGUUCGAGGAAGUGUAAAGCUAGGGAAUUUGGUGCUGAUUUCUUUUGUUAUGACGUAAUGGUGACAUUUCUUUUAUUAAUGUUCAAUUUCAACUUUCGUGUUUUUUUGUCUGUAAUUAAUUGUAAAUCGAAAGUGAAAUGAACGAUCUGAUUAAGUAACCAGUGUGGUGUCGGCGUGAGAAAAAUUCCCUAGAAUCAGUUCUCAUUUUUUAAUUCGAGCUGGAAUUUUUAAAUAAAUUUUAGUUCUUGAGAUAUAACUCGGUAUUAUUAAAAAUAUUUAGCGAUGUUUCUAGAUUAAUUUAAUAUAUUCUUCUUUUCUGCUCUUCCUCAAUUCGUCUAGAUAACUGUGAUUUUAGUUUUUCCUCUUUUCUUUCUCUUUAACCGUACUUUCGAGAAACUUCGAGGGUAACUUUCUUACAGUGGUUCUGUUUGUAAGAUUCAGCCAAAGACAUGCUAAUCGGCCCUGGAUUCCCCCGUUUGCCUUUAUUAAAUUUGUUUCUAACAGUGCAGUCUGCAAAUGUUUCUUGAAAACUUCUCGUCCCCUUUCCUUUCUUCCUCUUAAUUUUUUAAUUAGACGCACAAGAUAAGGAAAUUUCAACUGCAAACGGACCCUUCUCUUCUAUAGCCCCUUUCUGCAGUAAUUGACAGAACAAUUGUCACUAAACUUCAGCUCAACUCUGUUAAACUUAUUUUCAUCUUACUUAUUCAUUUAUAUUCAUUUAUUUUCGUUGAAUCCUACAAGUUUAUUGAAAUUUUUCUAAUUUCACUAAACCAGCAAAUUUCACUUUCAAUUAGUGGUGGAUCUAUUUUUCAGUUAAGUCAAUUUUCAUGAAAUUUAUCUAAAAUUUCAAAAAUGUUAAAAUUCCCGUUUCGAACAUAAACACUGCCUGCUUUUUCAGAUAAAAUGAACAGUAACUUUCGGUUGGAAUUUUAUCUGUUCAACAUAAGAAAUUAGAUUAAACGUAGUUUCCUUAUUCCGAGUAAAUGAUUUCCACUUGAAAUUUCGCUAAUUUGAUUAAAGAAAAGUUUCUCGCAUAGUUGUUUUCGAGCGCGGCGAUUUUGUACAAUUAAAUAAAGGUUUAACAAACCUUGCUGUGUAAAUAUAAGUUAACGAACAGCUAGGCACGAAACAUUUUUUCAUGAAUGUUUUCAUCGUUUUAGUGGUAUAAGGAAACUUGUGAUAUCACGGUGACGAGUCUUAUAAAUCGAAAAGAAACAGAGAACUAUAUACGAAACUUUAAUUAGUAAAUCGAACUAGUUUAAACAAGUGGAUAAACAACAAAAAAAAAACGAUAAAAUCUCGAUUUUAUCAAGAACCUCGAAGCUCUCAACGAGGGAAGAAAGAAGAAAAUGGUUAAAGGAACGACAAAAUUGUUUUAGGGGAAUUCCCUAGAUACGACUUUACUUUCCCGCCAUUUCCAACGCGAAGCGCGGGAAACGUUCAGUUUUUAAAAGCUUGAAAUCGUAAAUAGCGCUUCUUAGACGUUUACUGUACGAAAGUUCUCGGUUUUGUCGGAGAUUCUCGACGGAGAGACAAUGGAAUGAAGUUUUUACAAAGUUUGGAAAAGAACUGAAAAGAAUAAGUACGAAGAAACUUGCGCGAUUUCUGGAGAAUGUACCUUCUUCUUCAAACAGCCAUUGAUAAUCCAAUAUUGGAUAGAAAAAGUUUCAUUUCUAAGAUUUGGGAUACUCCGAUCGAAGAUUAUUUGAGCUUUUUGAAUGUCUCUCGUUUGAAAUUAUUUUAUUCUUAUUUAUGCAAAUUUUGUUAUCCAUUAUUGUUAUUAUUUAUUACGAAUUUUUUGUUAGAAAUUAUUUAUUACUGUUAUUAUUUAUAUUAUAAAAAAUUGUUUAUUAAAAAUUAUUCUUUCUCUACUUUUAUUUAUUUUUUUCAUUCUAUUAUUUUUAUUUUAUAAUAAUAUAAAAUAUCGGAAUAUAAAAGAUCAGGAAUCGCGAAGAAACUUGACCUUAUCAAAUAAUUUUUUCUUAUUCAUCGGAAGGCAUUUUUCCCAUGAAGAAAAUUUUCAAAAUUUUGGUGAAAUUCAUUCCGAGCGAAUGCACGCGCAUUUCUAUCUAGGAACACGUUCGUCAAGAUUGAUCGGUCGAACCUCGAGAGCCAGCUUUCUGUAAAUAUCGUCGUAGCCGCUUAUCUCAAGUCUUCUGCCAUAAUAUUAAGUCGAUUUGUAAAUAAAAUUACUAAGAAACAAAGGGAAUUAAUUAAGAAAAAUACACGAAACCGUUCCAAGCGUACGAACAAUGCAUUACGAUACCGAUUAAAAGUUUGGAAGCAUGAAGGUCUUUCUACAAUUUUUCAUUUUAUUGUUAUCAUAUAAAUUACACGAAAUAAUGAAACAAACUGCAAAACUAAAGUUUCAAGAAUUAAAAAUUUACUUCGCUAAUUUACAUAAAAUAAAAGCUUUUAUUUAUAAAAUAAACGUUUAGUAAUAUCAUUAACAUAACCUCUUUCAUUUUUGGUAUACCAAUAUUAGCGAAAACCAAGGUAAAAAUUCCCCACAGUUGCCUGAGACAGACAAAGUAACCUAUUCACAUAAAGAAUCGUACAGCUUCCAAACUUAGCGUCGGCUCAAUACUCUAAAUCAAGGUCGAAGCUCUUGGAGCUAAACAAAACCGAAGAACGAUCCGUCGUUCUAUCUCUCGUUCUCUUUUUCUCAUAUCAGCCUGAACAAUUUGUAAAUACGUUUGUAAAUAUACGCGCCAAAACGAGUUUGCCAUUAGAUUAAAAGGACGAUCAGUUCCAUCGUUAGGAGGUCGCACGUUUUAACUGAUCGCCAACGUCGUUAGCUAGUGAUCACGUGAUGAUGGACAUUUUUCAUCGCACGACGUUCCCUAUGGGCGGGCUGAACCUCGAAUCAGAGAUGGUGAGACAGGAGCAGAUUUAUUGAUCCGAGUUCAACAGUUCAUGAAAAUCGUUUGUUUUCCGACUUCCAUCCUUUUGAAGAAAACCAAAGCUUCAGAAUUUGUCACCAAACUGAGGAACUUUUUUCUUGUAUCUUCUUUCGCUGCGUUUCGUUAUCAGUGAAAAUUGAAUUUGGCGCCAUAUAGUUACACUUGGCACAUGAGAGUUUUAAAGGCUUGAUUUUUGUAUAUAAUAAAUAUAAGUAUGUAUAUU